GCAAUAAAUAAUUCUAGUUGUAAACAAAUCAACGAGUUUACUUUAGACAUUACCUAGGCAAGCAUUGUUUACCAAUGAAUUGUAUUCGUUUCAGCUAAACAUAAGUUAUAAGCUCUGUAGCUUUACAAAUGAGUACUAUUUGAUAACGUUACUAAUAAGCGAAACGUGAUUAUGGCCGAAGAAAAUUCGAUUCACGAGGUUGACGUCAUGACCGAAGAACUUUUGAUUGAACGCUAUGGUAAACCCAGUGAAGAACGCACACUUCGUGAAAGGAUUAAACAUGAGGUGACGUCUUCGUUUGAAUGCUCAGGCGAUAAAGCCAAGAAUGCGGUUCAAUCCGUCUUACCUGUUACGCGUUGGAUUCCGAAGUACAAAAUUAAAAAUCAGCUGCUGGGUGACAUCGCUGGUGGCAUAACGGUCGGAAUAGUACAUUUACCACAGGGAAUGGCGUAUGCUAUUCUGGCUUCGUUACCGGCAGUGACUGGCCUUUAUGUCUCGUUUUUCCCGGUGCUCAUAUACGCAAUCUUUGGCACGUCACGCCACAUUUCAAUCGGGACUUUCGCGGUCAUUUCACUGAUGGUGGGCGCAGUCAUUGACAAGAAAGUCCCACAACCGAUCUGCAACAACGUCAUCAAUACAGUGACAUCAUUACCUACCACUGUUAGUGACGUAAUAACAGUUGACGUCACAGGUACAACUGAUUUCUUGACUAACCCAUCUACGUUUAGUUACGUCACGAGCAGUGACAUCACUACUAAACCAAAUGUCGUAGUACCGUCUUCUUGUCAAGCGGAUUACGAUCGAAGAAAAAUCGAAGUAGCAGUUGCUAUUUCACUUGCAGUGGGCCUCAUACAUGUGGGAAUGUACAUUUUCCGUCUUGGCAUUAUCACUCUCUACCUAUCUAGCCACCUGGUGUCGGGUUUCACAUGCGGCGCUGCCUUCCACGUAAUGACGUCACAAAUUCCGAAACUGUUUGGAUUAAAUAUUCCGCGGAAAUCCGGAAUCCUUGCAAUUAUAUAUACGUACAUUGACGUUUUUAAAAACAUUGCAACCACGAAUGUCGCUACUCUCAUCUUAUCAGCUAUCUGCAUUAUUUUUCUCGUGAUCGGAAAAGAGAUAAAUCAGCGAUUUAAGAAACGCUUGCCGUUCCCUUUCCCAUGGGAAAUAUUGGUGGUAAUCUUCAGCACCAUAGCUUCGUACUUUGGAUUCUUAAAUCUUAACUACGGGGUCACAGUCGUGGGGAAUAUUCCUCGAGGAAUUCAAAUGACUGUACCACAAGGUAGUGAUCUCGCAUCUGUGAUUGGUGAUGCGAUUCCUAUAGCGGUCGUUAUCUUUGCUAUAGCAGUCUCGCUUGCUCAAAUGUUUGCAGUGAAACAUGUUUACGAAACCGAUUCAAACCAGGAACUAUUAGCGUAUGGUUUGGCGAAUGUAUUCGGUUCUUUCUUCUCGUGUUUCCCUGCUGCCACUUCUCUCUCUCGUUCUUCUAUNUUGGGAGGAAACUGGGGGAAGUUCCNCAGGUAUACAAUUUUUUUUUAAAUAUUUUUAUCGUCA